AUGAGCAGGUGGACUUGUUGGAUUUGUAAGAUGUGCAGAGAUGAAUCGAAGAGACCCCUUUCCAACCUUACUUUGGAGGAAGCGUUACUGUGGGCCCAAUCUUUUGAAAAGCUGAUGGCUACAAAAUAUGGUCCAGGAGUCUAUGCAGUAUACUUAAAAUCAGAGCACAGUGAAGAAAAUAUUAAAUUCUGGACGGCAUGUGAAACCUACAAGAAGAUUGACUCACGACGGAGCAGAAUUUCUAUGGCAAAAAAACUUUAUGAGAUUUACAUUCAGCCACAGUCUCCUAGAGAGAUUAACAUUGACAGCUCAACAAGAGAAGCCAUCAUCAAGAAUCUUCAAGAGCCCACUCCAACUUGUUUUGCAGAGGCUCAAAGAAUAGUGUACAUGCAUAUGGAAAGGGAUUCAUAUCCCAGGUUUCUAAAAUCAGAAAUGUACCAAAAACUUUUGAAGACUUUGCAGUCUGACAACAAUUCCUAUCCUCCACUGGAAAGGUUAAAUUAA